GUCCCCUCUCCCACUGCAUCUCUUGCUCUCACCUCUUUCAUUCUAUUCCUUACUUCCGAAGCCACUCUUUUUCUCCUCUUUCCAACUAUUUCUUUUGGGUCCCUCCCUCCCUCGUCUUUUUAAUCCCUCGGUCUCUCUGUUUUCAAUUCACCCUUCACAACGUGGACUCCACAGUUGCUGCUGACCGGCAUAUUAUAUAUAUAUACCCCGCCAUUUUAUUUGCUCGUCAAGCUCCUCACCCAACAAUAUCAUCAUCAUUGUAAUUCUCGUUCUCUGUUCUCCUUUCUCAUCCAUUGAGUUCUUUACCCAGCCCCGUCAUAUUCUUUCUUCUCUGCCCCUUCGAUCUCUUCAUUUCACCAAUCUCGUUCCAGAGGGGUGUUGGUAGAAACAGGGAGCGAGUCGUAGAUUACAAGAAGCUAGCAGUGAUGUCUGGUUGCGGCAGCUACGAGGGGCACGUGAUGGGAGCGUGCGCGUGUGGCAUGUUUCACGGCCAACCAAAUUCCUUCCCUGUUCCAUACACCAACCAAAAUUCCUAUGCCUGUGACUACGACGAAUCCGACGUGUACUCUUCCUACACGCCCUCCUCCUCUUCCGUAGACUGCACGCUCUCUCUCGGAACCCCUUCCACGCGUUUAACUCAGGACGAAGACAGGCGUGGCGGCCGCGGCGAACGACGUCGUUCCGUCUCCAACAUGUGCUGGGAUUUGUUACAGUCCAAUCAAUCCCACAGUAGCAAGUCUGGCAAAGGAAGCUCCUCCUCCAGCGAUCCCCUUCUCGCCCGUCGCUGUGCCAAUUGCGACACCACCUCCACGCCUCUCUGGAGAAAUGGCCCGAGAGGUCCAAAGUCACUGUGCAAUGCCUGUGGGAUCAGAUACAAGAAGGAAGAGAGGAAAGCCGCCGCGGCCACGGCUUCGGUGUCGAGCGGCGUUAUGGAGUCUCAGGCGAUGUACGGCCAGCAAGACAAUUACUGGUACGCGCAGUCGUACUCACAGGACGGGGAAUGCCGUGUUACUCGCAAGGGAUGGUGGAAGACAGCAAUGAAGACUCCGACAACGGCAUGCCUUUCGUCUCGUGGAGACUCAACGUAUCAGACAGGCCGAGCCUUGUCCAUGACUUUACAAGAUGAACAAUUAAAAGCUAAUUGUAACAGGAGCACCACUUUUACUAGAAACUAGAAAUGACAAGAGGAUCUAGUUACUAGUUGGACGAUGGUCAAGAUCACGCAGGUCUACGUCAACGUUUUACGAUGAUGAUGUAGAUUGUUGAAGACGUUUUUGAUGGCGAUGGUUAUGGUGUCUUCAAAUUUUUCCCCUUUUGUUUCCCUUAUGUUUGAUUUUUGACCGUUCCCCUUUUCUGCUUGCUUCUUCUCUCUCCGUCUCGCACAUAAGAUGGAGUUAGAAUGGGACACCUAUGCUAUUAGUUACUUUGCUUUUUUUCUUUUGAGUUCGUUCUUCGGUCAAUCAAUUACAUAUAUAUAGACCUCCUUUUCUGUUUGCUUCA